ACCGGACAGGAAGCAGGAACCUAGCAAGCUUUGAGAAUGAAUUCGUUGUUUCUGCGCCGCUCGCUUGCUUCUGUUUUUGCUUCAUUUCCUAAUUUUCCGAAGAAGUUAGUCACACCAGCGGAAGUUUCUCCGAGUUUGACAAAAAUGAUGCAUUAUGAAACAGAAGAGCGAGGAUGCCCGAAUUCUCCUGAAUACCGGAUUUAUUUGAAAACCGCUGAAGGAAAAUAUAUUUCGCCAUUUCAUGAUAUUCCACUUCUGGCAGAAACGGAACAGGAAAAUGCUCUGCCAAAAAAACCCAAGUGGUAUGACAGUGAGGCGCUCUUUAACAUGGUCGUGGAGGUUCCUCGAUGGUCAAAUGCUAAAAUGGAGAUUGCAACAAAGGAACCUCUGAACCCAAUCAAGCAGGAUAUAAAAAAAGGCAGUCUCCGAUAUGUUGCCAACGUAUUUCCUCACAAAGGCUACAUUUGGAAUUACGGUGCUCUUCCACAGACAUGGGAGGAUCCAAGCCAUACAGACGAAGAGACCAAAUGCUGUGGUGACAAUGACCCACUUGAUGUCUGUGACAUUGGCACCCAGGUGUGCUCUUCUGGUCAGGUCAUUCAGGUGAAAAUACUCGGCAUUUUAGCCAUGAUAGAUGAAGGAGAAAUGGAUUGGAAAGUCAUUGCCAUCAAUGCUGAGGAUCCAGAUGCCAAAAUUAUAAACAAUAUAGAUGAUGUCUACAAGUGUCGACCUGGUCACUUAGAGGCCACUGUGGAAUGGUUUAGGAAAUAUAAGGUGCCAGAUGGAAAGCCAGAAAACCGAUUUGGAUUCAAUGAAGAAUUCCAAGACAAGGAUUUUGCAGUUGACAUCAUAAAAUCCACCCAUGAGCACUGGAGGGCACUAGUGGAGAAGCAGAAUAAGAGCCAGAUUGAAUGCAAAAACAUCUCAGUUUGCGAGAGCCCUUUCAAAUGCAGCACUGAAGAAGCCAGAGAGGUUGUCCAGUCGGCCCCUGCGUUUGGAACUGCAUUUACUGUGCCUCAAGAGGUGAACAAGUGGUAUUUUCUCUGACUGAUUCUGAAGCCUGAAAGACAAUAUAGAAAUCAACAAAACCUGUAAUCAUGGGAAGCACUCAAGGUUCUGCUACAUGUUUUUGGUGAAGUUGAAUGUUGCUCAACUGUAAGUGACACCUACUUAUCUUUAGGUAUUGAAGAGAUUGUGGUAAUCCCUACUACACCUUCAUUUGGGUCGGUACAUUUCAAAUCACCCGGCAGGUCCCAGGUCACCCUCUCAGAUUAUUCUGAAAACAUUUACAGGUGCUUCUAUAGCACAGAUAUAUAAAAACACAAAACAUUAGAUCUGUAUUUCAAAUAGUGUUGAAGUCACAGCCCCUGGAAAUUUUAGUUAUAUGAAUUUUACCAAACAAGACUAUCAGUGCAUUUUCCAGCAUGAAUAUCUCCAAUUUGUAUCGAAUGCACAGUUUUAAAAGUCUGUCUAGGGCUAAAUUUUUCUGUAGAAUUUGAAAAUCUUGUCAGAUUUUGUAUAUCUUUUGCCCAUUACACCUCAUGAGGCUCUGAAAAUGGUUGAAAAUUAAAAAUGCAAGAAAAUGCUACUACCUUUAAGUCCUUAUUACUGAAAAAAAUAUGCUAGAUAAAGCACUGAUUUUUUUUUUUUUCUUCUAUUAGUUUUGACAUGUUAAACCACAUCUUUAAGAAAACCAAACUUAUUGCUAUUUCAGGAGUGCCACAACAAUUUUUAUAAAUAUGCUCGGUUUUGAAUUGUUCUAAAAAUUGCCUGUUUUCACAUCCUCAUUUGGCCAUGUGGCCGGUUAAAUAAUGGUUUCAUAUUUUCACCAUGAGUUCUUAGAUAUCUGAAUAUGAAAAGAUUGUGUUGUUACUGGCCUUUCUUCUGGAUCAAUGAUUUAUUUAUUUAUUGUAUGUAUUCAGGUGUUCCAGUUGUCAUGCUGGACCAUAAAGUGAGAAUUAUUAUAUGUGCAGUGGUUUUCAUGAUGACUUUAUAGUUAGCAUCAUAUCACUUGAACCUUCAUUCAGUAAAUUUUAAUUAAAAGUCGUCAAUGGCUAAAACAAUGAUUUGCCUUUAAUGAUUAUCUAAUCAUUUAGAAUCAGGUAAAAUAUCUAGAAGUUGAUCUGGUCACUGAUACAUGUCAGUACUUGUUUCACUGCAUCUGAUGUUAACAGCAAAAUAAAUCAAGUAAGUAUUAAAUCAUAUUUUAUGAAGUAUUCCACUCUUGUCUGUGCAUGUCCAAAGUCACUGACACAUCAGUACUCGUCUUAUUGCAUCAGCUGUCAGCAAAACGUACAUGAUCUUGGUAAGUAUUAUAUCAUUCACGACUUAUGCUGUGGUAAUUAUGGAAAAGUAAUCACUCAUUGGCACGUGUUUAUGACCUUUAAUAUAUACGUCCUGAACUGGAUAAAGAUGGUUGGUUUUUCAUUGUUUUGUAACUAAAAUAUGAAUGAAACUUAGUAAUUGCUGUGAAAAGUCUUUUUGGCAGCACUGAAACUUGCAUUUCACUUGAAGAAAUAAUUAAAUUUAAUAAUUUCACCUCAUCAAACAUUUACGAGUAUUUAAUAUGGAAAAAAUAUCAUAACUCCAGAAGGGAGGCCAGCAUCUUCAAGAACUCAUCUAAUGGAUGUCUAGACGAUAAACGCAAAUGCGUCACGAUCGCUCUUAGAGAUCCUUCCAACCAGUUUCACUCAUGGUUUUAUUUAGAAUCAUAAAACAAAUUCUGGAUAGUUCGACAUUAACUGCAACUGUCAUCUUUAGAAAGCGAAAAAAUCGCACAUUAUCUUUUUAAUUAACGUGCUAUUUCUGAAGGUUUGUGCAUUAAGGAAUAUUUGUAGAUGACCCUCUGUGUAUUUGCAGAUAUUAAUGAGGCAAAUUUAACUCCAUAAAUAAUUAACUCAAAUUUCCAGGGGCUGUGACUUCAACACUGUUUGAAAUACAGACCUAAUAUGUUGGGGUUUUUUCAUAUCUGUGGUAUACUGGGUAGGCCAUAGGAGCACCUGUGAAUUUUUUUCAGACGAAUCUGAGAGGGUGCCCUGGGAAGUUCCUCCAAAUUUGAGAUGUACUGACCCAUUUGUCAUUUGAAUUUUUAAUGUAAUUUUGAAUUCUGGAAAUGUUUUUCAGUUACCUUUUAGACAACUGGUUUAAUUAUUGUUGGCAACACAAGUCACAUUUUGGAAAUUAAAUUACAAAAAAAUCUUAUCCUUUCCUCAUCAUCUUCAUAAUACGACUGCUGAUUUUGUAUGACACCAUGUAAACACUAUUUUGUAAUGGAUGAAUAAAAUUUUAAGUUAUGAACUUUACAUGUUUCUUGUUUAAUCAGUUAGAUGCUUAAAAUAUUGACAUGCACAAAGCAAUACCUGGAAUUUAAAUAUAAACUUGGAGGGACAUUAAAAUGCUUUAAAUAAAUAUACAUUUUAUUAAAAAA